UGGGCGUGGCCAAAUGUUCACGAGUGGGCGUGGCUACAAAGUUUUUAAGUUGAGGCUUAGGGCAGAAGGUGUGGUGUUUCCUACAGCUCUAGUUGGGAAAUACGCCGGUAAAUUUGCGUUAUCCUUUCACUUCUCAUCUCAGGACAAAGUCUUUGGCCAUGUCAGACAUGAAGAAUGGUGGGAGAGAAGAUGGAGGAGACCACGUGGAUGCCAAGAAGAUGGAGUCCAAAACGGUGACUCCUCAAGCCGUAACUACACAUGCUACAGGCAAAACACCAGAUUAUUCAGAUGCAUACCGUAUGGACUUCCCCAACAUUGGGAAAUGUCUCAUCAUCAACAACAAGAAUUUUGCCAAACAGACAGGCAUGGCAGAGCGCAACGGAACUGAUGUUGAUGCUGCAAACAUAAUGAAAACUUUCCAUGAUCUGGGCUUCAAAACUGUGAUCCAAAAUGACCAAAGUGUUUCACAGAUGAAACAGCUUUUAAAAUCAGUAUCCCAAGAGGACCACAGCAAGUCAGCCAUGUUUGUGUGUGUGAUGUUAAGUCAUGGGGAUGAAGGUGUGAUCUACGGCACAGAUGGAUCCGUGCAGCUGAAGGAUCUGGCCAGAUUCUUCAGAGGAGAUCAGUGUCUCUCUCUAGUUGGCAAACCUAAACUCUUCAUCAUUCAGGCUUGUCGUGGAAACGAUUUGGAUCCUGGCAUUGAGACUGACAGUGUUAGUGAGUCAGAAGGCACACAAAGGAUUCCUGUCGAAGCAGACUUCUUGUACGCGUACUCUACUGCUCCAGGUUAUUAUGCUUGGAGAAACACAGCCAAUGGCUCUUGGUUCAUAUCCAGUCUAUGUGAAAUGCUGACUAAGUAUGGCCGUGAUCUGGAGAUUAUGCAACUCAUGACACGUGUCAACCGCAAGGUGGCGUUGGAGUUCCAGUCCUGCUCCUCCAUUCCUGGGUACAGUGACAAGAAACAAAUACCAUGCAUUGUGUCCAUGCUGACCAAAGAGCUGUAUUUUCCAAAGUGAUCAUUUGACAUAAAAUGAAUAAAAAAAUCUCAUUUAGGAGUUCGGUUGUAGAGUAAUAUGGUUUAAUGGCACACUGCACAACAGUCUGAAGCAACAUAAUGUAGUAAUAGUUUACAUUGUCAAGUACAUUUAUAAUCAGUAUGUGUUAACUCAUAUCCUGCACCAUGUAACAUGUCAUACUUUAAUAACAGGGAUGUUCACAUUGUCAAUACAGGCAUAUAGGACUAAAUAACAAAGCUUUGUUUUAAUAAAUAUAAACCUUUACAUGAAUACACUGGACUGACUGUGGCAGAGAUUAAAGUGCGUAUAUGAUCUGGUGUUAAUGAUUAGCUUUUUGUUGAUAUGUUGGAUAGCAGCAUUUUCCUCCAAUGCAAGCCAUGUAUUAAGAGAAAUAUGUAAACAAAUGUCUUAAUCCUUUAUUCUUAAUGGUUUCUGAUCAAAUUGUGCAUUUUAUUCUCCACUCACUUCCCACGUCAAACAUUAAUAUUCAAAUGCAUGCAAUUGUGUAUUGCACAGUAAUUAUUAUUAUUUAUUUUAUUUUCAUUUCCACUUUCAUAGCCAAAUUUCAUAAUCAGGUUACACAGCACAGCGGUAUAUGCGGAAUAGAAAACAGAACUGGUACAGUACAACAUAACUGAGAUAUAGAUGCAUUUCACAUUCAUCACAUCAUUAUCCGUUUAUCCGUUAUCCGUUAUCAGUGUGUCUAUUCCACUGAUAAAAGUGCUUAUAUGAUGUGGUGUUAAUGAUUAGCUUUUUGUUGAUAUGUUGGACAGCAGCAUUUUCCCCCAAUGCAAGUCAUGCAUUAAGAGAAAUAUGUAAACAAAUGUCUUAAUCCGUUAUCCUUAAUAUUUUCUGAUCAAAUUGUGUCUUUUAUUCUCCACUUACUUCCCACAUCUCACAUUUCCAGUAAUUUUCCAAUUUAUUAUAUUUGCCUUUUGAAACCUUGACUUUUUAAAUUAUGACACUGCCUCUACUAUACUGUUUAACCUAUUUUAAUCAUUAGUUUACUAAAAUGUGGGAGUAUAACAUCAUGUUACAUCAUAGAACAACAUGUUUAUUGCACAGUAAUUAUUAUUAUUUUUUUUUUCAUUUCCACUUUCAUAGCCAAAUUUCAUAAUCAGGUUACUUAUUCUUUAAACAACCACAUUGUACCACACAGCACGCACGCACACACACACACACACACACACACACACACACACACACACACACACACACACACACACAUAUUCUUUUUCUUUUUUUAAUGCAGAAUAGAAAGCAGAACUGGUACAACAUAACUGAGAUUCACAUUAUUAUCCGUUUCUCUCAGUGUGUCUAUUCCACUGCCUAAAUGGAGCUUCUAAUAGUUGGAGCUUCUAAAAGAAAUAUAAAUGUAUGAAUUUCUUUAUGUGACAAAAUUGAUUUAAUAAGUUGAUUAGCUUGUAUAUUUGUGGUUGGUUUUUUAAAUAAAAAUACAUGUUUGAUCCCUAACUAGUAGGUCUCAAUAAUUAAGCCUAUUUGACAAUACUAAGAAUAGCAACCUAGGUGAAGUUGUUUCAUGAAUAUGGCUGGGAAGAUAGCAAAUGUAAGGGAAUUAAAGGUCAAAUCCAUGUAUUAUUAACUUUUGCCAAAAAGAGUGCAAGAUAGUGAGGACCUGAGGACAAACCAUGGGGCUCAAUAAUAAUAAUAAUAAUAAUAAUAAUAAUAAUAAUAAUAAUAAUAAUAAUAACAAUAACAAUAACAACAACAAUAAUAAUAAUAAUAACAAUAAUAAUAAUAAUAAUAAUAAUAAUAAUAAUAAUAAUAAUAAUAAAUGACUUAUUACCAGAUCAUGUCCCUGCAAGUCUGUGCUAGUUUAGACUGAUGCCAAAAAUACAGAUGGCAGGUAAGAACGGCCUUUUUUCUUUCAAACAACAGUUUUUAUUUAGUGACAGUUCUUAAUGACGGUUUUAAAGUUUAUUUUGACGUUAUUAGUCAUUUUGCACUAGUUUCUAUUCCGGUUGAUUUCACUUUAAGGUUCUACUGAAAAGCGGGGAAGUGAAAAUGAAAAUGAGGCGCGCGCCCCGACUCACAGCUCAGCGCCCUCUCGCGCUUUAACCACACACACACACACACACACACACACACACACACACACACACACACACACACACACACACACACACACACACACACACACACACACACACACACACACACACACACACACACACACACACACACACACAGCUCGGGAGGGGAUUUCCACGAAGCACCGUUUCCUAAACUUGUUUUGCUUUCGUUCUGGACUCAAAAUUUGCUUACAAUUUUCGUUUUUUCUCUCGACACGAAUUAAAAAACAGUCCUUCUGCAUUUGCGGCCACAUUUGCGGACUUGUUCCGAGUCGGAUUUAAUCUCGAAUUGCAGUUGACCGUUUAUAUGACAGCAGUCCACUAUGCCCGUGGAGAGGAUGCGUAUGCGACCAUGGCUGGAGGAACAGAUAAACUCGUGUAAAAUACCAGGACUUAAAUGGGUUAAUAGGG